AUGGCGAGGCGCGCUUUAAGGCCCCGCCUUGCACGUCUGCUUCUGUGCCUUGCGAUGUCAUGGAUGACAACAGCAGUUGCUGAUACUUCACUUGAGGAACAGCUGGAUUCUCAGGCGACAGUCGACCCUAGAUUCCCCUACUGCUCCUGCUAUCGCCUUCCUGCCAAUCCAUCGCCAUACAACUUCGCCCCAACUGUGACUGUGAAAGGCAAAGGCCAGUACUGCUUCAAGAUUCUUGUCAAUAGCACAGGUUGCACUGGACGAUGCUGCAAUGUCGACUUGAACAAAAUUGAGUUUGAUGUCAACGCCAAGUGCCUGGCCAAGUCUGCGUCAGUCAAGGCAACCAUUAAUGGAAAGUUCACCCUCGUCGGCCCUAAUUACUACACCUACCAAUUGGACAACGGCACCUACAGAUACGUGCUCCGGCUCACCAGCCUGACUAUGGGUUUAUCGGACAACAACGCUGAGCUCUGCCUCAACCUCACGGCUGGUGUGAACGACGCCGGCUGCGGUACUCUGGAAGAGCUCUGUGUGCCGCCGUCAGUCAGCUCUCCUCCAGGGACAUGCCAAGUAGCCCUGUUGAAUAGCCUCAACAGCACCGACACAUGCUGCCCUAUCCGCUAUUCGGUUUACCAUUUGGGCAUUACAGUUAAUACUGCGGAGGGNCUGUUUGAGGUGCCUGCGGGCAAGUUGGCCAAGUUGCGUCGGUUAGCUGUGGGGCUCCGGGUUACGGCCAAGAAGAAUCGCCGUCUGGUUCAGAAGCGUGAGUUGGCGCAGCUGUGUGGUUUUGCUCAGAGUGUGAAGCUCGCCCUCACCCCCGCCCCCCUGUUUCUCCGUAAUUUCUACGAUGAUCUUGCGCAGCCGAAGCUGUCCCGGGACCCUGCGCGUUUAUGGCCGGAGCGCCAGACGACUCAGGGGGCCGAGCGUUGGUUCGAUCGUGUUUUGGCGCAGUGUGGCCUGGAGGGCCUUCGUUCCGUCCACACCCUUUAUAGUUUGCGGCGGGGUGGUGCCUCGGCCGCCCGUGCGGCGGGAGUGCCACUGGAUAUCAUCGAAGCAUUUGGUGGCUGGGCCGCAGGCUCGUCGGCGUUGCGGGAGAACUACCUCGAUUUGGGGGUCCGUGGCUGCCCUCGUGCGGUCGCCUUCUUUGGCCCUCUCGCGGCCCGGCGUGUCGCGCCGGUGAUGGGUCAGUACUUUAACCGCUGAGAGGGGGUGUCUUUCCUUUUGGCAAUAGACUCGUAGCAGGAGCUAAUGCGGGCUAUGCGAAGCUUGAGCCGGGUUAGCUAAGGCGUAGGGCCUUACGGCCGUUUUAAGUGGUACGACUUGAGGCCGGCGAUCCGUGUCCUCAGGAUCGUCUUUUGCAUAAAUAGCGCGUGUUGCAGGUUUUCUGUAUCUUGUUUUUGUUGUUCAGCACGCGCCCCGCCCUCCCACCCUGGAGGCCGCGUCGCCCGCCCUUUUCGCUCUACUACAUUAUUUCUUUUCCUUUUGGUUCGGUGCGGCCUUUUCAUCGAUCAGGCCGUAAGAGCACAGCCAAUAUCUGUAACAGAAAUGGCAAUGG